AUGGCCUCAGAAAGAAUUCUGGUCACUGGCGCGACAGGUUUUUUGGGCAGUCAUGUCGUUAUCAAGGCUCUUGAGAAUGGAUACGCAGUUCGUGGGACCGUGAGGUCCCCGUCUCAGGCCAAGGAAGUCCGCACUUUUUGGACAUCCUACGGCGAUAGAUUUGAUUCGGUUGUCGUGCCAGAUUUGGUCGAAGGAGAUUAUACUGAGGCUUUGAAAGGUGCCUUACAUUUCCAGCUUGGUACCCUGACUGCGAUCUUACUUCACCUAGGUAUAAGUGCCGUUAUUCACGUGGCAUCGCCUUUUUUUCGAAGCGUAAAUGAUCCUAGAAAGGAUCUUCUUGAUCCCGCGAGGCAGGGGACGGUCAAAGUUUUGGAAGCAUGUCUCAAGCAUGGUGUUCAACGUGUUGUUGUCACUGGGAGCAUCGCCGCAGUCAUCGACUCAGCCAAGGGUGGUAAGCUGCCUAUCAUGCCACCGUCGAUUUGUUGUGACCUCAUUAUCCAGAUAUCUGGCGUGACUAUACCUAUACCUGCAGAGGACUGGAACUCUCUAACCUAUGAGCAAGCUGUUUCUGGCGCGCUUCCUGGAAUAGGUGUUUACGCUGUUUCCAAAAAAAUUGCCGAAAUGGCCGCCUUCGAAUUCGCCCGCGAGCAUCCAGCAAUGCAUGUCACCGUGAUGAGUCCUACCAUGAUAUUUGGUCCCCUCGUCCUACCUGCUGACCUUUCGGCCUUGAAUACCUCGUCUCAGGACAUAUACAAUCUCAUCAGUGGCAAGCUGGAAGAUACGGCGUUACCUGCAUGCACUGAUUCAUUGGGAAGAGGGUUCUUGUUCAACGGCGCCAUGUUCACAUUCUAUGAGGCCGUGAAUAUCUUGAGCAAGCAACGGCCAAAUUUAAUUCCCCGCUUACCAUCGCUGGAUGGUGCUGAGCUCAAAGUUACGAGCAAGAAGGCCAAAAUCGACGUUUCUAUCGCGGAGACCGAGCUUGGAAUCAAAUGGACAUCUUUCGAACAGUGUCUUCUUGAUACUGUCGACGAGUUCAUCAGGAUAGAAGCGGCGGCUAAGCUCUAG